CCAUGGAGAACGACGUUACUGAGGAGGAAAUCACUUCUGGCACCAGAAGCUGGAGGGAUUUCAUCAAUACAUGCUGGCCUUACGUUUCUGUUUUCAAAUCAAGCAGUUGUUAUCCUGGCUCUGCCACACUGCCAGUCACUUUCGAAUGUUGAGGACCGACUGAAGAUCGACCAUUACAAUCGAAUUACUCGCUUCAUACUGCCCAUUGGGACCAGCCUCAACUUGAACGGAUCUGCCAUUUAUGAAGUGGUCGCAGCAGUUUUCAUUGCCCAACUCAACAAAAUUCAACUGGACUUCGCCCACUUACUUACCGUUGCUUUGACGGCAGCAGUGGCCAGCAUAGGAGCAGCAGGGCUCCCAGCUACAGGAGCAGUGACCACUCUUUUUGUGUUGGCGGCAGCUGGUUUACCUGCAAAGGAAGCCUCCACUCUAGUGGUUGUAGAAUGGCUCCUAGACCGCUGCAACACUGCUGUCAAUGUCAUGGGAAACUGCUAUGGCGCAGCACUCAUUUACAGUGAGUGUCGACACAAGAACUGGAACACAUGACAAGGAGGGAUGCCGCGAAUCUUGAAAAUAUUCAGGUCAACGUCAGCAGCCAGGCCUCUGAUGAGGACAUUUUCCACAGUGAUGCGUCCCAGAGCGAGGACAUUGGUCUCCAGAUCCUGUGCACCCCACCAGAAUAUCUGUCAUGGACUAUAUGUCAGUCCAUGACAGCGAUGACCAGAAUGUGUAGUGUCAACUCAGAAUGAAUUGCAUUGAUGCAACAGAUGUGCUGUAGUUAUUGAAUUGAUGUAAUAAAUGUAGUUAUUGAAUUCAUGUUAUAGAUGUAGUAUUGAAUUGAACUACAUUGAUGUAAUGGAUGUAGUUAUGGAACUGUAAUUGAAUUGAAC